AGAAUCAUGAGAAUCUUCAGAAUCUUGUUCCUCUGAUUAUUAUGCUCUAAUUAAAGUUAUUAUAUAAAAUCUGUUUUGCAUGUUGUUCUGAUGCUGCUAAUUUCAUAUUAUCGUGUCUGUCCCGUGAGAGAACUAGUAAGACCACCUUCGCAUUUUAAAAGCGUGCACUAUACUGAUGCGCUCGUGCUUCAUGUCAGCAAUGGAUCUGUUCGUUUUCUUUUACUGUAUUUAACUUUAUCUCUUCACUCAUGAAUAUUUCUCAGAGUAGUGCGGGUCUCGGCACCGUGCUGCCUCUUACUAGUUUUGAGAACAUACUUCUGUUUCUCUUCAGUAUAAUUCUCGCCACAGCCAUCAUUUUUAUCAACGUGUCUGUGUUCGUGUCCAUCGUGAUGAACAGAUCCCUGCGCAGCGAGAACCGCUUCAUGUACAUGCUCAGCACGUGUCUGAGUGACUUCUGCUCGGGCGUCUCCUAUUAUUAUGUUGGAGUUAUGGAUGUACGCGAUUAUUAUGACUCCCCGACUCGUACUUUCACUAUCGUUCACACUUUCCUGGGUCUGUCCUAUAUGGCGAUUCUGGCCGCGCAAGCGGAUCGCUACCACGCGGUCUCAGCGCCUUUCAAAUACUCGCAGCGCAUGACGCGCAACAGAACCCUGCUGGUGAUUCUGGCCUACUGGCUUUAUGCUUUCCUCAUAGUGGCUGUUAAUAAUUUGGUGCCUAUGGGAGUUGCUAAAAGUGUGACGGGAUUUGGUGCUUUUGUGGUGUACAUUUUCACCGUCAUUAUCAUGAUUGUGUUGAACGUCAGGCUGUUCUUCAUCGCCAAAUUUCAGCUGGAGCGCGAACCCCCGAGCGAGGAACGUGACAACAAGCGCGCGUCCGUUUAUCUCAUCAUAAUAGUGGCUUUGUGUUUUCUGAUCACGUGGUUGCCGCUUUUUCUUCUUGUUAUUAUAUGUAACUUCACUGGGUCUUUUUGCUAUUUGUUCAGAAACGAGGGCACAGACCCCCUGCGCAUUCUGGCGCGUCUCAAUGCAGUCAUCACACCAUUACUGUACAUCAGAGGCUGUACUGCACUCAGGAGCACCAUCAUGAUUCAAGUCUGGAGAAUAGCGUGCUACAAGAGGAAAGGAUAAAUCUGAGCACACUAAACACAUGCAGUUUCUCAGCAAAUCUGAAAACAACAUGAAGCCUGCAGAUAAAAAUUUAAUCUUUAAGUGUUUCUACAGUAAACAGCUAUAUCUGUGUAUAUUGAUACAAUAAAUCAUUUAUGAUGAAUUACAGGAAAAUUCCUGGAGAUCUUUUUGAAAUCUUCACUUUUGUUAAUCAGUGAAAUCCAGACCAUGAGACAUACAGCAGGCCUUUGUUUAGUAUUGCUCAGUAAAGUCUUUUUCUCUUUUUUUCAUGCAUCCAUCCAUUUUCCAGCUCCCUUUAUUUUCUGAAGGGUCACGGGGGGCUGGAGCCUUUCCCAGUGUCUCGGGCCAGUCAGGGGACCCUGAACAGAUCACAAACACAAAUACACACAUAUGGGUGAUUUUACAGUGUCCAAUUCACAUAAGAUGCAUGUCUUUGAAUUGUGGGUGAACUCGCACAGACACACAGAGAACAUGCAAACUCUAGACAGAAAGGCUUGUCUGGUUUUCCAGGUUAAUCUCAUUUAUCGGCACACUUCCUCCCAUAAUUUUGCACUUCCAGAUUUAAUCUUUUACCAUUUCUCUGUUGCACUGAUAUUUUAUUAUACGGCAUUA